ACAAGGUUGACUACAACCAUGAGUGCUCAAGAGAAAGGGAAGUUCCCUGCACAAUCUCAGCCUAAUCCCCAAGGCCAAAACCACCAAUUUCAAAAUGUGGCAGGAGAUUCAAAUGUCAAGCAAGUCAAGGCUAUUACAACCUUGAGAAAUGGUAAGGUGAUUGGCAUUCCAGCUCAAGAGGUAGAAAAGAAUGGUAACACUUCUAAACCUCCUUCUGAAAAUGAGGCACAUGAUCCUUUGAAAUCUGAAAGUGUCCCAAGCACUACACUUGCACCUUUUCCUCAAAGGUUAGCCCCUUUGCACAAAGAUAAGCAUCACGCGGAAAUUCUUGAAAUUUUUAAGCAAGUUAGGAUUAAUAUACCAUUGUUAGAUGCUAUUCAACAGAUUCCUACCUAUGCUAAAUUUUUAAAGGAUUUAUGUACCGUAAAAAGAAAAUUGAAUGUGCAAAAGAAAGCUUUUCUUACUGAGCAGGUUAGUGCUAUUAUCCAAACCAACACUCCUCCCAAAUACAAGGAUCCAAGAUCUCCUACCAUAGCUUGCAUGAUAGGAAGCUCAAAAAUAGGCCAAGCAUUAUUAGACUUAGGUUCAAGUGUGAACUUAUUGCCUUAUAAUGUCUAUUAA